AUGCUGCGGUACGUACUUUUGCUCAUCUGCUACCUUUCCACUUUGGCAGAGAUAUCCCUGUGUGUGUUGGAUACAACGGAAGAAGAAUACGGCAGUUUAUGGAUGCCAUUUGACUCUACAAUGACGACUGGUCGGGCACACAGUGCGGUAGUUUAUGCAUACGCAUCAUUUUUUAUUGUGGGUGGUUGCGAGGACCCUACAUGCAAAAAGCGGUUGAAUGUUGUGGAUAUAAUCGACCCGAACCAAAUAAAUCCCACAAGACAAGUGACAUUGCCCAUCUCAUUAGAAGUCGAGGAGUUGGACAAUAAGAACAUUUAUUCCAAACGUGUUCCCAUGGGCGUGGCCGGCCCCACAACGAUGGUGCGAGUAGAUCCUCAAGAUGGGGACGAUGUCUCUUUAUAUGUGGUUGGUCCAUGUGGAUAUUAUUUCCCUGAGCAUCAGAGGACCGUGAACUCAACACUUAUACGGCGGCAGUACAAGAGUCUUUGGCGUCUAUCUAACGACUUGACACGUGUAGUUUACCAUUUCAGCAUUCCAGAAAAUUCCCCUGGUAACGGGGAGAGUGAGGAGGGCAUGAAGACAGAAAUUCCAAUCCGUGCAAAUGCCACAUGCGUUUCACGUGGAGAUUUUAUUUUUAUUGUUGGAGGUGUUGACAUUUUUACUGGUAAAGCCCUUGCAACAGUUGAUGUCUUUGACACAAAGUCUCGUCGCUACACGCCAGAGGUUGUUCGACUUGAAACCGCCGUGCAAAACCCACUUGUUGCUGAGGACAGUGCGUUUAUUUACGUUGCUGGUGGAGAGGUCCAACUUAAUGUGAGUAUUGGGGCAAUAGGGGAUGCGUGCACGGACAACAAAACGCAGUGUCAAUUGUCGAAUCAUAGUGACAUUCAAAACAUCAUUUGGCGCCCAUCUGCGACGGUACAAGCGAUUAUAUUUGGCAAUUUAUCUAGCCAACAAAACGACACCAUUCAUGGCGCCAAUGAUUCUUCCUUAAAUGUGUACAUUCAAAAUUUACCUGCCAAUCCAGAGCUGCUUUUACGGGGUAUGGAUAGAGACACGUUUUACCGUUCAGGCAGUGGGCAUUUGUUUGCCUUCAAUGGAAAGUUGUGCCUUAUGUUGAAUGCCACCUUUGUCAAUUGUUUUGACGUGGAUAAAUUCUUAGGCUUCAUCUCGUCUUCUAGUGACUGCAACAAAACCCUUAAAUGGCAGCCAGUUUCGGGAACGUCAAACGCUCCACCGGUUUAUGGGUCAACACCCUUUGCCUUUCCCCUUCCAGUGGGUGUGUUGGGUACCGUGUUGUCCUUUUUUGAGUUUGGCGGGUUUGAUGUGGAUGGUAUCGCCUCCGAGCGGGUCUUCUAUCGAACCAGCGGUCUGAGUCUAACCAGCGUCUCGAAACUGGGCAUGAUUGUACCAGUUAACAAGACGCUGAGCCUGACGCUUCACCCACCGAAAGAAGGAUACUUGCGGCUGUCGGAUAAUCUGCGCUGUAUUGGAAACACCGCGGGGACGUUGGACGUGUGGGUCGUUAUUUUCCCGCAUGAGUCAGCGGUAGCCGAGUUUUAUCCAACUACUGAGAGUAGACACGUUUAUGUAUGCUUUUCAAACGGCCCUAUAUGGCUACCCAAGGUCCCGACCACAGACUCCGAGUACCCUUUGCAAACGGAGGGAUAUAUAUUUACGCCCAUAACAUUUACACCAUUCCAAAUCCGCGAUCCACGCGACCCUUCUUAUCCGCAAGAGAAAAAGGAUAACAGUUUGUACGGGAUGAGUGUAAGCGUCAGCAUCUCAGUGGGGAUUGUCGUGGUGGCAGUUGUGGCAUUUGUGUUUGUGCGUCUGAGGUCGCCGAGCGGCUACUCUGAGGAUUACACCAUGCAUCUACUGCUUGCCGGGAACAAUAGCGAUGAACCACGGGGUGGAAACCCCACUUCUGUUGCUGUUUUGGCUGCCGAUGGGCAAAUUCCUCAUGAUACGCCCAAGAAGAGCAAGAAAAUAUCAGCGGAGACAAGUAACUUUAUUGUGGAAUCAACUAUGCCUAUGAGCCCCAAAUCGGAGCAAGACAGUUUAGUGAAGAACACAACACAUUGGUCACGCUAUGAGGUCCUGCAACGAAUUGGGGAAGGGGCAUUCUCUUCAGUGUAUAUGGUUCGACGUAAAAGCACUGGGCAGAAGUUUGCGUUAAAGUAUCUUGUGUGCAAGGAUAACAAGGAGCGCUUAGAUGCUAUUCGGGAGUGCGAAACAAUUAAUUCAUUACAGGGGCAUCCCAACAUUAUUCGCCUUGUGGAUAUGUUUAUGAAUUAUGAAUUUGAUGGAGGUGAUAUGGUGGGUUUGUGUGAUGUCGCAAAUCUCUGGACGACCCCAACACCCGCAGUAGCCGCCGCAAGUCCAGUGAAGUUUUUGCCACCGCAGUGGUCUGCAGUUGGGGAAAAGAAACUGGUUCAUAACCCACAUGUGGUCAUGGCAUUAGCGGGCCCACAACGUCCCCCGCAAGGAGGUGGAUCGAAGCCGCAAGAAUUGCCACAACCCCAGCCGCCGUCUUCUGUUCGGCAUAUUCCUUCAAAGGGUUCUCAUCGCUUGGAAGCAGCUUCUAUAGAAAAUGCCAAAAACACGUCGACAGCAGGAAAGCAGUCACUUUUUAGUGUCGCAGAAGCGGAAAUGACGGGACCCGGCACUGCGGCAUAUCGGUCCUUUCACUCCCCCACCGGGACCAGAGGUGAUGGGGAUGGUUAUGAUGCGGAUGGUACUGUUCUUGGGAAGGUGAACUCAGGGAUGCCACUGGGGCUUCCGCCUCAGCCUCUUCUCCCUACUCCUUCUCUUUCAAUUCCUCCUCCUGCCGUCACGGCGACGAUGUCCAUGGCAAGCGGUGGAAACCCAAGGCUGUUGCAGGACGUGAACGGCUGCGGCGCAGCACGGGGCUCGGGGUUGCACAGUCCAAACGUUAACCUCUUUGGACCUCCGAUGGGGAUGUUGCCACUGCCACCAAGAAAUGCGAUGCAUUACAGUAACUUUGCGCAGGUAUCACACGUGGGUGCCCCGCUGCCAUUACUGAACGCACAACAUGAAGUUCUCCCUGCGCCUCAGAAACGAACUUCGUAUGCCCCACUUGGUGGCAUUCAUUACAAAGACUUUGAUGUCUCAUUGGCCUUCUCGGGUAAUAAUGUACCAACAGUCAUGCAGGUUCCAAUAAAUCAUAAAAACGCUGCCGCGACGCAAAACAAAAAAUACGCUCCGCUGCAGUACGUACAGCCCACCGAGGGGAGAAUGCAAUACACAAACUUCUUUCCCCCGGCUUCAGUUUCUAAAGAGGCAUCCAACAAUUUGGAAUCCCUGACUAAGCCGAGGUCGGUAGCCGAUGCUGUGCGUGCGGCUCGCACGGCGAAAGCAAACGAGGGGACUGUGAAUGCUGCUAAGCCACUCCCCCCAUCAAAUCCCACAACUGGCAUUCAUAGAAACGGUCUUGCAACCGCGGGAUCACCGGUAGUGAUGGCAAAUACGCCCCAAGCCACAAUUUUACAACAGCCGCAGCCACAACAUUGUCAAGACGAUGCGUUAGACAUGAUCUGCCUUUUGCCUGAUAAGGUUGCUGACGUCCGACUGAAUGAGGGUGCGUCCAUGGCUAGAAAACAACAGAAGCAACCGCGAGAGGAGGGUAAAGAGUUUCCUGUGAAACUUGCAGUCAUCAACUCGCCGGCACACAUCGUAAAGUCGCCCACUGGAGUAAUCCAUGACAUGGCUAGGUUGACAACACCUGGCACACCCGACAGUGGACCGGUGCACACACGUUAUUUAUGUCUUGUGAUGGAAUACCAUCCAAUGGGUGAUUUAUGUGGCUACGUCCUUCGUCACUCAGCGAAGCAUAAUGUCAAGUUAAAACGUCAACUGGAAGAGGAAAAGGCACGUUUUAUUAAGGCGCAGGAGGAACAGGCUAAGAAAUUGGAGCAUGAUUUUCCAACAACGUGGGUUCGAAUAGGAUCGGAGCAGGACAGCACUCCCUCAUUUUUCCGACCUGGGAAGUCUUUAAUGAGUCUUAGUCAUGAAACCCAGUCUCAAUCACCACGUGACCGUAUGAACGAGGCGUCAAAUAACGCCACGGCGGGGACACGUAGCUUCAGCAACGAUGAUAUUCUAUUAGGAAUGGGCAGCAUGAGUAUUUUGGAAAGGGAAAGUGAAACGGAAUUUGCCAUGCGAGGAAACGCCCUGACGGAGCCGCAAAUUUUGUCCAUCGCAUACCAACUUGCCUCGGUCUUAUAUCAUCUGCACUCGCAGCGUCCACCCAUUGUGCACCGUGACCUGAAGCCAGAGAACAUUCUCAUUCGUGGGGAACCAUCGCAUGGUGCUAGCGAGAAAAAUGAUGAUGAUGACGAAGCUGAUGAUGGCGAGGAUGAUGUUAAGAUGCAUCUUCAUAACUCUGAAGAUGGUGGCAACGGGAAGAGUGGUGCUGAUGAUUUCCUAGCACGCAAAAAGAACCGAAAUUCGUCGCGUCGUGGUACCGGCUGCAGAAUCAAACUUACGGAAGAUGUCAUUCCGAUUGUUGUGACAGAUUUUGGAUUGGCGUUUAUGUUAGAGGAUCGCCGUCGCACCGGUCGCGGUGGUGGGACACGUCCCUACAUUGCGCCGGAGUGCUGGAAUGGCCGGACGACGACCGCUAGUGACAUGUGGAGUCUUGGAUGUUUGCUCUACGCUCUUGCCACAGCACGUGUGACACUUCACACGGUACGUAUCAUGUACGAGGAGGCGAAAAAUGAGGGCUUUGCCGCAAAAGUUUUUAAUGACAUUUUGGCAGAAAAUUACUCGAUGGCUUUUGCAUGCUUUGUUGUUUCACUUCUGGUGGUCAACCCCAACAAGCGGCCCACGGCGGAGAUGGCAAUGCAGUGCUUUACGCUUGACGAUGGUGUGGUGCGGUUUAACCCCAACUGCCCUUUCUUUAGCAACGUUCUUGACCUGUAA